CCAUACCUCUUUCAGUUCCUUCUCCAUUCUGGUGCCUUCUAGACCCCUAGGACAACAUGUAUGACUCGUCUAAAUGCUGGAGUUUGAGAACCACAGCGUUAUGUGUUUCGUGCCUAUACAGCAAGCCACCACUGGUCCAAGCAAUUUUCAGCGGUGAUCCAGAGGAGAUACGGAUGUUGAUCUACAAAACUGAGGAUGUUAAUGCUCUGGAUGGUGAGAAACGCACCCCGCUUCAUGUUGCGGCUUUUCUGGGGGAUGCAGAGAUCAUUGAGCUCCUCAUUUUGUCAGGGGCUCGUGUCAAUGCCAAGGACAAUAUGUGGCUGACCCCUCUUCAUCGGGCUGUUGCCUCAAGGAGCGAAGAAGCAGUACAAGUAUUGAUUAAGCAUUCAGCGGAUGUUAAUGCUCGGGACAAGAACUGGCAGACACCGUUGCAUGUAGCAGCUGCAAACAAAGCAGUGAAGUGCGCAGAAGUAAUCAUCCCAAUGCUGAGCAGCGUCAAUGUCUCUGACAGAGGGGGGCGGACAGCGUUACACCAUGCAGCUCUGAAUGGCCACAUUGAGAUGGUGAACUUGCUUUUAGCCAAAGGGGCAAACAUCAAUGCUUUUGACAAAAAGGACAGGAGAGCUAUUCAUUGGGCAGCAUAUAUGGGCCACCUGGAGGUUGUUGCCUUGCUGAUUAACCAUGGCGCAGAGGUGACUUGUAAGGACAAAAAGGGUUACACUCCACUUCAUGCUGCUGCAUCCAAUGGGCAGAUUAAUGUAGUGAAACACCUUCUUAAUCUAGGUGUAGAGAUUGAUGAAAUGAAUAUCUACGGAAAUACUGCGCUCCACAUUGCAUGUUAUAAUGGUCAGGAUUCGGUAGUUAAUGAGUUGAUUGACUAUGGUGCUAAUGUUAAUCAGCCUAAUAAUAGUGGAUUUACCCCCUUGCAUUUUGCUGCUGCCUCCACUCAUGGAGCUUUGUGUCUUGAACUGCUAGUGAAUAAUGGAGCAGAUGUUAAUAUUCAGAGUAAAGAUGGCAAGAGUCCACUGCACAUGACAGCUGUCCACGGGAGGUUCACACGGUCGCAAACCCUCAUUCAGAAUGGAGGUGAAAUUGACUGUGUUGAUAAGGAUGGCAACACCCCUCUGCAUGUGGCUGCGAGAUAUGGACAUGAGCUUUUGAUUAACACCCUAAUAACCAGCGGAGCUGAUGCUGCCAAGUGCGGUAUCCACAACAUGUUCCCCUUACAUUUAGCAGCACUAAACGCUCACUCGGACUGCUGCAGGAAGUUGUUGUCAUCAGGACAAAAGUAUAGCAUAGUGUCCUUGUUUAGUAAUGAGCACGUGCUGUCUGCAGGCUUUGAAAUAGACACCCCAGAUAAUUUUGGAAGAACGUGCCUCCACGCUGCUGCUGCAGGAGGUAACGUUGAAUGUGUAAAACUCUUGCAGAGCAGUGGAGCAGAUUUUAAUAAAAAGGACAAAUCUGGGAGGACACCUUUGCACUAUGCAGCUGCGAAUUGUCAUUUCCAUUGUAUCGAGACACUGGUGACCACAGGGGCAAAUAUUAAUGAAACGGAUGACUGGGGACGUACUGCUUUGCACUAUGCUGCUGCUUCAGACAUGGACAGAAAAAGAAAGAAUAUUUUAGGUAACUCCCAUGAAAAUGCCGAAGAACUUGAAAGAGCCAAUGAGAUGAAGGAAAAAGAAGCUGCAUUGUGUCUAGAGUUCCUGCUUCAGAAUGAUGCCAAUCCAUCGAUCCAAGACAAAGAAGGGUACAACACAGUGCACUAUGCUGCUGCUUAUGGCCAUAGACAGUGUUUGGAAUUGAUUGGAAACAAAACUCCAUUGGAUAUACUUCUGGAAAAAACCAGCAACAUUUUUGAUGAACCAGAUUCAGUAGCUACUAAAAGUCCUUUGCAUUUAGCUGCCUAUAAUGGUCAUCAUCAAGCCUUGGAGGUACUUCUUCAGUCUCUGGUAGACUUGGAUAUUAAGGAUGAGAAAGGACGCACUGCCUUGGACCUGGCUGCCUUUAAAGGACAUGCAGAAUGUGUUGAAGCUCUCAUCAGCCAGGGUGCUUCCAUCUUGGUAAAAGAUGACGUCACCAAAAGAACCCCACUCCAUGCCUCAGUCAUCAACGGUCACACACCAUGUUUGCGGCUGUUGCUGGAAGUUGCAGACAACCCGGAUGUGACAGAUGCCAAAGGACAAACCCCACUGAUGCUAGCUGUGGCAUAUGGGCACAUUGAUGCUGUUUCCUUGUUACUUGAAAAAGAAGCAUCUGUAGAUGCCGCAGAUCUCCUGGGAUGCACAGCUUUACAUCGAGGGAUUAUGACUGGGCAUGAGGAAUGCGUUCAAAUGCUGUUGGAACAAGAAGUAUCUAUCUUGUGCAAAGACUCCAGAGGCAGGACACCUUUACAUUAUGCAGCAGCUCAUGGUCAUGCCACUUGGUUGAGUGAAUUACUGCAGAUGGCACUGUCAGAAGAGGACUGUAGUUUCAAAGAUAAUCAAGGUUAUACACCAUUGCACUGGGCUUGUUAUAAUGGUAAUGAAAAUUGCAUAGAGGUACUAUUGGAACAGAAAUAUUUCCGCAAAUUUAAUGGUAAUAACUUCUCUCCAUUGCACUGUGCUGUAAUCAAUGAUCAUGAAAAUUGUGCGUCACUGCUCAUUGGGGCUAUAGAUGCCAGCAUUGUCAACUGUAAAGAUGACAAAGGAAGAACUCCACUUCAUGCGGCAGCCUUUGCCGAUCAUGUGGAAUGCUUGCAGCUUCUUUUAAAUCACAAUGCACUGGUAAAUGCUGCAGAUAAUUCAGGGAAAACGCCACUUAUGAUGGCAGCUGAAAAUGGACAUGCAGGUGCUGUAGAUUUUUUGGUGAACAGUGCCAAGGCUGAUCUGACUGUAAAGGAUAAGGACUUGAAUACACCCUUGCACUUGGCUAGCAGUAAAGGUCAUGAAAAAUGUGCCUUGUUAAUACUUGACAAGAUCCAAGAACAGAGCCUUAUUAAUGCAAAAAAUAAUGCGUUGCAGACACCUCUCCAUAUUGCUGCACGAAAUGGCCUAAAAAUGGUGGUUGAACAGUUGCUGGCCAAGGGGGCGUGCGUACUAGCGGUAGAUGAAAAUGGUCAUACGCCAGCCCUGGCUUGCGCUCCUAACAAAGACGUGGCUGACUGCCUGGCACUCAUUUUGGCUACCAUGAUGCCUUUUUCUCCUUCCAGUUCAAUGAUGCCUUUCAACUUCGUUUGUUUUAAAAAAGACAAUUUAAGCAGGACACAUCUCUGCGAUGGCUCCAAUAUGGGCAGCAUUAACUCUUACAGUAAACCCUUGAGUAACAAUAUAGGAACAGAGGAUGGGUACAAUGAAAAUGAUUCCGAUUCUGAAACGUUUUGACUUUGCUUCUAGGUCAAAUGGACCCCGUUCCUCGUCUGGAACAGAUGUACAAAAGGAAGACUGAGACUUUAAAAAAAUAAGCAAAUAAAUUACCAUGAACUAACCAGCUCUAUACCAUGAGGACCAAAAUGCUUCAGUAUUUAAAUGGAAGAUUUUAAUUUUUUUCUGAAUGCAAGUGACAGAAUGAAGUAAUUUUUCUAAACAAUAAAAAUGUAAACUUUUUGAGUAAUGAAUAGUCUGGGGUGUAUUUUACAUUUUAUGACACAAAUUUCUAGCUGACAGCUUGACGUUUUUAACUGAUGAUGUGUUGACCACAGUUUAUUUUUUUCCAGACUAGAGAGAAUGUUCAUAUACUUUUAAUGUAAAUGUGUUUAUAUUUAUUUGAAAUGAAACCAAUGCCCAGGAAAACUAACUAUGACUUGUUCUCCUUUUUUGUGAAUCUUAUUUGGCAUAACACAAAAUGAAAUGUGAAUAUAAGCCAAGCCUGUUGGCUUGAGUGGGGAGGAGGGUGGGCGUGUGUAGCGUGGCCACAUGGGCUCAAAACUAACCUCAGGUUCUUACUCAUAUGGCUGGAUGUAAUGUGAAGAUGAAACAACCAGCCUGUUGGUAAAGGGUGGAGAGUGAAUUUGUGCAUUGCACCACUUGAGCACCCUUUAUCAGACAGAUUAGAGCAUAGGAAAAACUCACAACUUCCUAGCAGGGAAGGGGGGGCAUCAUAACGCAGCUAAGGUAUGUGGCACAGGGAGGAUAGAGGAGAUGUAAUGUGGCUUGGAGUAAAGAAAUUUGUUGGAACUACCUAUGAUUCCCACUCUGGCUGUUUGCAGGCUUAAGUCUAUGCUGGAAGGAUGGGAGGUGUCUCCUCAGUAAACACUUUAGGCAGGGCAAAGGAAAAAAUAGUUGUUUUUUUUUUGUUUUUUUUUUAAUUGCCAAUUCUGAUAGUGUUCUAUAUAAUCAAUGUCAACAUUUUCUAAAAUUUGUUGACAGGUUCCCAUUCUUCAUGAAGGGGAAAAAAACAUUUUAAGUAUGUAAUUCUUAGUGAGACUUUUAAUGCAUAUAUGGGUAUCUAGUAGUAUACAUAAUACAUUACCUAUAAUUUGCCCUGCUAAAAUUAAAUGAUUUUAAUGUCUCUAUGAAUAUUAUGGAAUAGAACAUUUUAAAUCUUAAAGUUAAAAAAAAAUCUCAAGGGGUGUUCCCUUUAAGGAUUCACAUUUCUCUUUUUCUAUGUUUUCCUGCAGUGGAAACCCCAAGCUCCUGAACCAUGGGCUUUCCCCUCCUACAUUAGUACUGUAUAACUAUUUUGAUUUUUUUAAAAUUGCUAAAGAGCAAUAACUACUUUACUUAAAGCACUGAAAAUAAGGGGAGAGACCAACAUGGAAAGAGUGGUGGGUUCUGUGGUGUCUGUUUAGAAGUGAAUGGAAAUCCCACAUUUUGCUUUUUGUUGUUUCUAAAUGGAAUGAACACUUUAAACUUCAUUUCCCAUGUUUUUUUUUUCAUUAGAAGGAGAAAAGGGUCACAAUUACCCUAGAAAUGCAGAGGUAAAAAUCACAGUGGUAAUUUAAAAAAAUUCAGCAUUUCCUAUUGGCUACCACACAGUGAUAGCGAAGAUACCAUCAUUACUUCCUACUAAAAUAUUGGUAUCUGUGUGGUAUUUGUCAAUAAGUGCUGACUUUAUGAUGACCCAUUAUAUCUAACAUUAUAGAACUGUAGAUGAUUAUUGAAUUUCUUUGAUCAUUCUGUGGUCCCAAUUCAAAAUCCACUGAAGUCAGUAGAAUAAGAUUCCUAUUGAAGUCAAUGGAUUUUGGAAUGAGUACAAUCUACAAAUAGCUCAAGUGUAUAUCUGGUAUUGUCUACUUUAAAACAAAGAAGAGGAACUAAAUCUAAAUUUUCUCAUUGACUACAAACUGGCCAUCCAGUUUUAGCGGUGAUUUCAAGCAUGCUAUAUUACAGGAAUCGUAGAAAAGAUAUCACAUAUGCUUUGUUGGUUACCCUCUUAAGGGCACUGGGAAUUCACGUUUUGAGCAUGGUACUCUUAGGAGAAAAAACGUACAAUAUGGGUGAGAUUUUCAAAAGUGCUCAGCUUUGGUUUAAUUUUGCUCUUAUAAGUCAAUAGGAACAGAGUUAGGUAAAAUGUUGAACACUUUUGAAAAUCCCACCCUCGUUUUUAUUAGUACAAUAAUUUGUACAAACUUAUAGAAAUAAAUUUGUGAUUUAGGACUUGAUCUUGCAAACAUUUAAACAUGGGAAUAAAUUUAUUCUUGUAAUAGUCAGUCCCACUGAGUUAAUGGAACUAUUCACGGGAGUAAAGUUACUUAUAUGCAUAAAUGUUACAGGAUGAGGCACUUCAGCCCUGAUUCUGCGAGUUAUAUGGGUUACCUCUGUGCCUGUACACAACAUGGGGCUCUAUGUGAAUGCACUGGUCCGUCCCCAUGGUUCUACGUGAAGGAUCAGGGUUUUAGUUUAUAUUUUAACCACAGUUAUAGGUGGACUUCAUUGCAGGAAUGGUUCUCAAGUCUCUAUCAUAAAUACCAAAAGUUCCAGUCUUCAAAUUGCCUAAAAUCUGCCACUAUUCUACACUGAAAUAGCUAUGGGAAUUUCAGUUUAUCAUUACUAAAAGGGCACCAUAGUAUGUUUGGUACUUUUUUAUGCAGUAAACAGCUGCCAGAUUUAUUAUUAAAUCAGAACAAAUACAUAAAAUGGAUUAUUAUCCUUUGUAAUGUUGAGAAAUUUGGUUAUGUAUCAGUUGGGAUGAAUUAACGACUUUGUGAUUUUGUUGUCAUGUAAGAAACUUUAGAGUGCCUUUUUAUAUUUGUGUAUUCUGGAAGUAUUUUGUGAAACUUGUUAUCUUCUGUUUUUCAUUUGAGUGUUAUCAAAGCAAUAUAAUACCAGUAAAUUUUCAAUUCAAGCCUUUUUGGAAAGUAUAAAGUAGUUUUUUUCUUUUUGUAUGUUCUACCUGCAUUGAAAUGAAAAUUAAUUUGCUAAAUUUCUAUAGGAAAUUAUGUAUAAUUUUUGCAGUGCUGAAAAGGCUUUCUUAUUACACAAAAAGUAAACUUUAGGUCAGUGUUUAUAGGGCAGGACGUUUUAAAAUAGUGACAAUCUGAGAGUGUGCAUAAAAUGUAAUUCUAUGCGUUUCUUAUGCAGUGAUCUACAUAUUAAAAGCCAAUAACCUUAUGUUUUGUAGUUUUGUCUUAUUUUAUGCUUUAGCAUGUGCAAUAUAUCUUUACAAACCAUGGUGAUACAAAUCUGGUGCCAGUGUUAUAUUUUGCAUAACAUAUUUGUAAUAAACAAUCUAAAAUACU